ACAGUGUUUUGAAAUUCUCUAAGGAGGUGUACACGAGAUUGACCGUGAAUAGACUUCCGCAUAGUGAUCGCAAAGGUUGCAGUGCAGUGAUUGAUCUGUAACGUUAAAGUGUUUUUUUUUCUGGAAAAUUUUAGUGCAUACAGGAUGAAUUCUUUCGCGUUCGUAGUUGCAUUCUGCGUGUGCGCAGCUGCGGCUUCACCUAUUGAAAACGGCAAAUGGAAUCCUUAUAAAUAUGGUGACUCUGGCAAGUAUAUACCAACAGACGAAGGGAAAUAUGUACACAUACCGAACCCCUACAUACAUUUAGACAACCCUUACGAUGGAGGCUAUGGACCAUACGCCCACGAUUAUGAGCCCUACGUCGAAGCUGCUUCGCAAGACAUCUACAAGUUGGUCUUAAAGGCGCCAGAAGAAUAUAACCCGUUUUACAAAGACGGUUAUUACAAAAACAACGGAAUCAAGAUCAUUAAACAGAAACACAACUACGAUGAGGACAAAUACGAUUUUCUUUUUGAAACCGAAAACAAAAUUCGUGCGAAAGAGAACGCCGUGUUGAAGAACCCAAACACCGUCGACGAGGGAAUUGCAUCAAAGGGAUUCUACGAAUACAUCGGUCCCGAUGGUUUCAUGUACAGAGUGGACUACACCGCUGACGAAAACGGUUUCCGUCCAAAACUGAAGAGGUUAGAGACCCCUUACUCCGGAAAAUGGGUGCUAGAAAAGGUCAACUAGAAAUAUUACCCGUAAUGGGACCAAAGCGAACAUUUCCUACCAAUUUCCUCAUAAAAAUCAGUAUUUUCAAAUAAGUAGACGAUACAUAAUCGAAUAGAACUAUGCAUUGAAUUUUUAAUGCAUAACGAAUAAUAGAUUGUCACGAACAUGACAUUUCAAUAUGGUUUUGCCCAAAUAAUUUUGAAAAAUCGUUCCGGUUAAUUAACAUUAAUGUGAAAUAAUUCUACAAUGUUGUCAAAGUAUUUAACAGCAAAUACUUGUAAAAAUUAAUUUGUAACGAAGACAGUAAGUUCCUCAUCAAAAGGAAUAAUCUGUCUGUUUAGAAUAAUAUCUUAAUUUAUAUUUUAGCUUUAAGUGCUUAGAUGAAUCUUUGGAUACUUAUUUAUGAAUUGUGAUAAUAAAUUUA